CCACCAUCACCACCAACCCCCCCGCAAAAAAAAACAUCCACCCGACUGGACACCGAGUGCAUGAGUCAAGACGAUGUUUAACUCGGUCAAUCUGGGCAACUUCUGCUCCCAGACGCGAAAAGACAGAAGUGCUGAAUUCGGGGAGCGGACGGGCUGCGGCUCGAGCCUCUACCUCCCCAAUUGUGCCUACUACGUGCCCGAGUUUUCUUCUUCCUCCUCUGCGGUGUCGUCGUUCCUGCCGCAGGCUUCCUCGCGUCAGAUCGCUUACCCGUACCCCACAAGCCUGUCUCACGUGCAGCCGGUUAGGGACGUGUCGUACGGACUGGAUCCGUCAGCCAAGUGGCACCACAGAGGGGGCUACGCGCCGUGCUACGCGGCAGAGGAAUGUCUUCCGCCAUCGUCCUCCAUGACGGAAAUGCUGAUGAAGAACGAGAGCGUCUAUAACAACCACCACCACCACCACCAUCAUCAUCAUCCUCAUCAUCAUCACCUUCAUCAGCAAGCCGGCACGAGCUUUUACCCCGCCACGGGAAAGAACAACAACGUCCUCCCGCAAGGUUUUGACCGUUUUUUCGAGGGUGCCUACGCAGGCUCCGUAGAGGACUGCGUGCAAAAAGAAGAGGACGUCAGCAAAACGGAUCCGGUGGUGCGUACUGACCCAGAAAAAGACCACCAGCGCGAGGAUGAAGAGGAAGAGGACGAGCAUGCCACCACGACGUCGGGUGCCUCGUCUGCGGCGGUGAAAGACGACGGCGCCUGCAAAAAUGAGCACUCCAGUACCACUCGGACGCGGAAGAAGCGAUGUCCAUACACCAAGUUUCAGAUCCGGGAGCUCGAACGCGAGUUCUUCUUUAAUGUUUACAUCAACAAAGAGAAGCGGCUGCAGCUCUCGCGCAUGCUGAACCUCACCGACCGACAGGUGAAAAUCUGGUUCCAAAACCGACGAAUGAAAGAGAAGAAAUUAAGCCGAGAUCGCCUCCAGUAUUUUUCCGGUAAUCCUCUUUUGUGAACUGUGGUGUUGUUUUUCCCCCUCAUAUACCGGAUAUUAUAAUAAUUUCAAAAAAAAAAAGUGAAAUGCAAUGAAGAUGGAGCCUGAUUGGUUGUUGCAUACACAAAAGUUGGGACUUUUACGGACACGUUACAUGUUUUUCCCCCAGCAUAUCUUGCUUUAUAAUACCACCAGUCUUAAGCAUAAAUGAUGUUAAGAGAUUUAUACCUACAGAAGGCCAUUUCCAUCAUGUUAAAUCCCUUUUCUAAUAUAAAGAAUUAGGUUUCAGUAGAGCUUUCCAUCAACUAUAACUAUUUUAAUCUGGUUUGCCCUUGAAUUAUUGUAAUGGACGUAUCGAUGAAGUUGGGAUCGUCUCUAGGAUUAUUAUUAUUAAUAUUAAUAUUAAUAUUAAUAUUAAUA